AUGUCUAGUACCUUGUUAGAAAACAGCCCUUACGCGUGUAGGUACAGUGGGGGGACAAAAGUUUCGCGUCAAUUCACCGCUAUGGUGAGGAACACGGAACUUUUAGCAACCCACUCUAUGGCGACGAACCCCGAAGGAAUACUUGAGCGUAUAAUGCUUCUCACGGCUUGCGCAGGUGAACAAGGCUUUGCAGUAUGGGAGUUUCUGGCAUCUAUUCUUGUCCUACUCUCGCUGAGCGAGCAAGAGCCUUCUCAACAUGAACUCUUGCAGUUAUUGGGUAAUCCACGGUCUGAAGCCUACCGCACUACCGCAGUCAUCUGGAGGUGGGCGACCGAGAGGCAAGAUGUCUCCGUUGGAGACAAUCGAAGGUAUAACGAUGCUCCGUUGGGGGAGAUACUCUCCUUGGCUCAAAACACACCUAGCGUUGGGCAUUCGGCGAACACGCCACCCCCAGAAACAAGUACCCGAAAGGAAGACGAGAUCCGGAUAUAUGUUUCUGAAGACACCAUGUGGGAAUCAUUAACUGGGCAUGGAGUCGACCACAAACGCAUUCCUCGAUCAGAAUGGACUCUCCUGCAAGGCAUUGCCUCCACCAUGACUAAAGGAAUCUUGCAAGGGGAUCUAGGCAGGCUAGUCGGUCAAGAUAAGCGAUCUGUCCCAAAGAGAACGAGCUGCCUGGUAGAGAAGGGAUAUAUCACAAAGAGAACUACUCUUGUCCGCGGUACCAAAACAAGCAAACUCUGGCUCAAGUUCCUCGCGCCCUCCACGCCAGACGAGUCGAGCGAACGGAGCGAAGCAGAUGCUGAUAUAACACUAUCAAGGGGAUUCUUGGUCGAGAGUUUGGAUCCUGUGCCCUGGCAUACGAAAUGGACGAGCGAUUCCAUCGACUACAAAGUACUUGCCACUACAAUCAUGGCAACCUGCAAAGAGUGGAAUGUUAUGCGCCUCCAAGAUCUGAAGUCAAAGCUUGGAGUAUUGGGAAUGAUAUGGCAGAUGAAAGUCGUCUCUAAAAUAUGCAGGUUUCUCAAUGCUCGAGGCACCAUUCAAUACGUCGCCGCGAAGCUCAAUAACCGCGUAUUCAAAGACUGUAUUCGAUUUCGCCGGGAAAUGAACGCGAGAGACUGGUCAGUUUUUCUGGCCACUGGCAAAAGGACUACAAAAACAACGAGGAAUCCGGCACAGGAAAAUGUGGAAGAUGAAACCAGUAUGAUUGGUGUGCUGAAGAACGACCAAGGCUAUGGACCAUCGCACUGCCCCUCAUGGUGUAUUUACACUCCAAUAACUGCUCUUGUUGCAAUCUGUAUCCAAAAAGCAGGGUACAAUGGCUUGACGAAUCCACAACUAUGCGCAAUGACGAUUGGGCCUAGUUUCACUCGCUAUCUGGCUGGCUUGACAGCUUCGAUAUCGACAGGCAACAUACAACCAAGCAAUGUAAUUCAUCUUGCUGUGAAGAGUGAGCGCGGCCGGCCUGGUAAGUCUUCUUCAUUGUACUGGUACUCUCUGAAAAACUCAGGAAUGCAUCGGCAUCAUGAUUAUCGGAAGUCAAUCUACCAAUUACAGCCAGACUUGAAAGCGAACCGAGGCCGCUUGUCCGAACCCUACAACUUCAUGUGUCUGGCCAAUCGGAGUAGCCCUGGUGAUCGGGCACCAACACUAUCAGAUCUGUGCCAGAGCGGCCUGUCUCACCAAAAAAGAAGAGGCCGCCCAAGGAAGAUCAGACCGGAACAACUGAACAGCCCUCGGCAUUCACUUUCCCCAGAACUGCCGACACUGGCACAAAACUCAACACCAAGAGAAGCUUGUAGGGCUACUGCUCAACCUGUGCUCCUACAGAGUAGUGAAGACGUUGACCUCGGAGUUGAGAGUUUUGAAACACAACUCCACGAAGAGACAUCCGAAUUAGGGACUCCGGCUGAAAUGGCAGACGAGAAAGCACCUCAGCCAACAUUACGCGCUCGUGGUCGUCCGAAAACUCGCAAUGUUGGCCAAAUUGGGCGAAAGCCGCCUAAUUUGAAGACCAAAUCGGCCAGCAAUCGCCAAUUUAAGUGUGAAAAGUGCUGCGGUACUUGGAAAAAUGACGUGGGACUAAAGUAUCACCUUGAAAAAUCGCAAACAUCUUGCAAUCCCUCCUUUAAGCCUCAGCUCAUGCCAGCACCGAAGAACGCCGAUCUUGCCGGAAACAAGUUUCAUGCAUUUCAUCCAAAGAGGCAUACUAGAAAAGGCACCACUGAUUGUCCAAGUCAACUGCCUGCCGAUGGUAGAAGCGUCCGCGUUAAGUCUGUUGGCGAAGCUUCUCUAGUUAGAAGAGGGGAAGGGGGGCUUGGUCUUGCUACCUCAUCAGCGGAGAAGAGGCAGCCACGUCAGGCUGAGGAUCAAGAUGUCAUCGAGGACGUGUCUUUCCUGUCUGGGCAAGCAAAACUUUUGACGGCCAUCUCGGCCGCCCCCCCGCGGCAGGUUAACCCCUUUACAAAACCUUUGGCACGACAGUCGACUUUAUAUCGUCAUUUAAAUGUGAUGCUAGAAGACUCCGAAGCUUCAAAUGGUUUACCAGAAUUACAAGAGGUCAUCUUUGAGGUACCCGAGGCCCGUCCGCCCUCUCUUGCCUUGGCUCCGCAAGAUACUGCUUCCUCUACCGCGAGUGCCAAAGAAACGCUAGAGACACGGCGCAUUAAGAACCCAGUCCGACAUAAACUGAUGGGAACCAUAACCGAUCUGUUACACCAGUACAGCGGAGCGCUUCCAACGGGCCAGUCACUGGAGAUUCUUGUAUGUGAACAAUGGAAGUUACGGCACUGUGAGGAAGACGCCCCCAGCGGCCCAAGGAUCAAGUCCGUGAUGCUGCAAAUGAUCCGAGAAAGAAUGAUCGUCGACCAGUGGCACGCUUUCAGGGCACCUGAUGGCAGAAUAGGAAAAUGUCAAAUCAUCACGAUCCCAUCGGUUCUAGCAUUCGCCCCAGAAACGAGGACUCUCGUUGAAAGCAUCCGGCAGCUCUACCCAGCAAAUAUUCUCCCGCACCAAAUACCCGGAUCUCCCCUUACACCCGAAGAUGCAGAAAACCCCAAAGGGGGAGAAGAAGCAACAGAUAUCGUGAAAGCGCACCCCAACCAUGGCAAGGUUGGUGGGCGGGGUAGAAGGUCCCUUGCAGCUGGCGUUGCGAUCCUGAGCGCUCCUGUAUAUGCAGCGCAGAUAGCGACAAAGCGGACCGCCGACUCUGACGAUUUCUCGAGCUCUCCCGGAAAACGGAGGCGUGUAGCUGAGGACUCAACUUCUGCUGGGGAUGAGCAGAACAACCCGCAAUUCUGGCCGGCGGCUAACAUCCCGCUCCCUUCACAUGACAUGCAACAGUCUUCUUUAUCAGCUUGUACUGGCGUCAGUCUGGACAUCUUCUUCGAUGAUGUCACCCAAAACGGCCACGGAAGUACUGGGAUAAAGACGCCAGUAUGUAGUAACAAUAGCGAGACACGUCGUUUCGAACGUCUUGCUCAAUCAAUGCAACGAAAAAGCUGGAUUGCCGGGUCUAACUGGUUUUCAUGGGCGUCUUAUCACCAUGCGCUAUCCCAAGCUCCUGGAACUACUUUCAACGAUCACUCACGGUUCGAUUAUUUUGUUGGAAAACUCAAAUGGUGUCUUAAUAUUGAGACGCAGGAUGAGUAUAGUGCUCAAGUACCUAUCCAGGCGCACAAAGUGUUCAUCAACUUCCUCGGUGGUGAUAUGGGAAACCAUAUUCGCAUCCCGAGACUACAAUGGCAUAAGCCAGACAAGCAACGGACCAUAACACCUGAAGUUGUCAUCAGAGCAGACGGUGACGCAUUGGCUUUCUCUUCCGCCUCGGCAGAUGAAGAACCGGAGCCGCCCUCGACUCCUCUGCGAAUACCUUCGUUCUCCCACUCUGUUGCUGCUCAUCAAACGACGCCAACACCGAUCAAGCGCGCGACGCUGGCUUCGCGGAACCUGACUAGUCUGGCGCUCGAUACGGGCGAUCAGAGGCUAGUCUCAGAACAACGAGCGGACGUUGACAGUAAUGAGCUUGUGGCAGCAUUCGUGGUCAUUCGCAGUUUGCUCGGUGGCAUAGACAAACUCAUCGAUUGGGGUCUGCUCGGUCACUUAUUCCCGACACUUGGACUGCAGUUUCUGCGACGCUUUUGGGCUAGAAUCCGCAAAGAGAAGGCACCGCUCCUAUCGAAGGCGACGCAGGAUUUUCAAGAGAGUUUCAUGGCUGCAAUUCUGGUCGACGAGAUGGCCAUUCCAGAUUAUGAGCGACCGUUGGAUUAUGACUGGAGGAGCCUCAUUCAGUGGGCGAUGAGACACCCCAAUCAGGAGCAGCUACAGCUUCCCAGUUCGAGAGAACAGUUCCACCGCGAGUUUAAGCUUGAAGAUGGCAGCGGCAACAGCGAAGAUUGGAAGGAGAAAUUCUUCCAUCCACAAUCAUCGGUUUAUUCUCGUUUCGAGGCCGCUACACUUGAAUCUGGGUCACUGGCCGUCGCCGAAGUCAUACAAAUGUACAAGCAACACCCAGCACUUGGCACUGUUGAUAUUGCUCGAUCCUGGAUCCGCUCACUAUGCUGUACCAGCGAAACCGAAUACACACCCCAAGAUGUCAAAGAUAGAUUUUCAAUGCUCUCGAAAGAUACACCGCAGCGGAACAAUUCGGUGCUCAAGAUGGCUAUCGACCAGCUAACAAGGGAGAAAGUCAUAUGCAAAAGCAAACGAACGCCGUUUAGCGGACGGCCGUAUAGGCUGAAUGAAGGCUAUAUUUCUGUUCUCGCAAAGGUAUCGCAUCGACCAAAGUACUUGGAUGCAAUCGCUUUUAAAAGGGACCUGGACAAAGCUUUUCGAAGCAGCAGCGCCAUGAAAGUGCCCUAUACGUUGUCUGAUGGUGCCAUGAUGGCACUAAUGAAUCUGAUCGCUGGCGAACGAAUUAAGAUUACAACAGUGGCUGUCCCCAACAUACCAUUUGGCUUUGAACCAGGCAACUAUGAAAGUCGAAAGUAUCCGAAAUCAUACUAUCACAUGGACCUAGAGGUUCAGCCUACCCAAACAUAUCUAUUCAACGACAACAUCGAUAUACUUGAACUUGUUCGACGAGUUGGCCCGCCGAGAAAAGGCCGGGCGCGAGAAAUUCCGCAGUGGAUUGACUUCUUUGGCAAACUCGAUGGGCAAAAAUGGGCAGAUAUUUUGGGUGCCGUUUGCUUCGCGUUCAAUACGAGAGGCGUAACCUCCGUCGCAGGUAUAUGUGAUGCCAUGGCACCGAUACUUGACGUAUUUGAAGCGCAAAUUAUCGUUUCUUGGGGUAUUGAGACCGGGGUAUUCGUUCGAGCGACGCAACACUCCGACAUUAUGCUUGGGGAAUGGUGGUGGCUGGUGGUGGCUCAGCAUCCAUGGAGUUGA